CAAGUUCGUAUUUAAGGGAUGUACAGUCGGGAAGCCUGAUAACAGGCAUAGCCUGUAACUUCAUUAAUCUUUCCACGAAAAAGAAUCACGCCGUCUUCGUGUAGCAGCUACUUGGCGUCCAUUUACGUCUUGGCUUCCAAGAGGCUCUGUGUCACAUCGUCGUACGGCCUUCCAGAUAGAUGGAUAAUUCAAUGCCAUACUCGCGUCAAGAGGAUGACAAUGACAGGGAUGUCUCUCAAGGUUGUGGAGCUUCACUGGCCUGUGAUCCCCGACGUCGAUUGCAUCGCUAUAUGAUGUUGUUCUUUAUUUGUUUCCUGUCAUUUGGGAGCUACUUUUGUUAUGAUAACCCGGCCGCUUUGCAGGAUGUGAUGAUUCGUGAUCUCAGCCUCACUGAAACAGAUUUCAUGAACCUUUAUGCCUGGUACUCAUGGCCUAACGUGAUACUCAGCCUCGUUGGGGGAUUCCUCAUCGACCGUGUCUUUGGAUGUCCCCUCGGUGCUAUCAUUUUUUCCUUGUGUAUCUUCCUGGGACAGAUUAUUUUUGGAGUUGGUGCCCUGGUCAGUAAUCUACCGCUGAUGUACUUCGCUCGGUUCGUUUUCGGUAUCGGAGGUGAAUCACUCUGCGUAGCACAGAAUACUUAUAUUGGUGAAUGGUUUCCCGCCAGUGAACUUAAUUUUGUCUUCGGCUUGCAGCUGAGCAUGGCUCGCUUAGGGUCAACGGUGAACAUGAAUACCAUGCAGCUGUUGUACAAAAGCAUUGGCCCCUACUUCGGAAUCACGGGUCAUCUGCGUUUGGGAACAGCGUUGCUUAUUGCGUCGGUCACUUGCAUCUUCUCGGCUUGCUGUGCGACAAUUUUGGCCUUUUUCACAAGAAGAAAAGACCGCAUUCUCAGAGCCCAUAAUAAACGCUUGGCUGAUGAGUCCGCCUCACAAAUUGGCAAACCUCCCUCGCAAGAGGUUACCCAGCUCAUCUCUCCCAAAGACAUCCUCCAUUUUCCGGCUGCAGUGUGGCUGAUUUGUGUCAUUUGUGUGGCAUACUAUGUGGCAAUCUUCCCGUUUGUCAGUCUUGGUCAAGUGUUUUUCGAACGCAAAUUUCAUCUGUCCCUAACCCAGGCGAACGUGGUCAACAGUCUCGUUUACAUACUUUCUGCCGUGGCCAGUCCAGUGUUUGGCGCUACAAUAGACUUUACUGGUCGUAACCUAAACUGGGUGCUGUCGAGUAUUCUACUGACCUUAUUCUGCCAUUUGUGCUUCGCUUUCACGAGCGGUGUACUGCCACCUAUGUUUAUUAUGAUCUUGAUGGGUAUGGGGUAUUCCAUAUUGGCCAGCAGUCUAUGGCCUUUGGUUGCUUUUCUGCUACCGCCGCAUCAACGAGGCACAGCUUACGGUCUGAUUCAGUCCCUGCAGAAUCUCGGUCUGGGUGUAAUAGCCAUAUUCGCGGGCUACCUGGUGGACAACAAGGGCUACUUAUUUUUGGAAGUGUUUUUCACUUUCUGCCUUAGCCUGGCACUAGCCGUCACAUUCGGUCUAUACUUGUGGGACCAGAAACAUGGAUGCCUGUUGAAUGAGUCUGGUGCCAGCCGACGCAGAAACGAAGUCAGAGAAGUAGACCUAUCCCCCGAGGAAGAAGGUGCACUGAACGACGAGGCAAAUCGACUGUAGCCUCACCUGUUUUAUCUUCUAGUCCAAACGUUUUUGCUUGCUCAAACUGGAAUACUUAUGCCUUUGCUUUCCGAUGUGUAUCAGCUGGAUUUCACACUUUCCAAUUCUUUGCCUUCGGUCGUUGUAUUUUCUAUCAGGAAUUUUUUUAUCAGUUACUUGAGUAAGUCAACAUCUGGUUUUCUGCCGCCUUCCGGAAUUGCCAAUUUCCGGCACUUCAGGAAUUAAACAGACUGAUUUCUGUGAAAUCGUGUGUUCGAGUUUUGAUUGUAUGGCACAUCGAAGAUCUUUUUAGCAUGUGUGGUAAAUUUGUCGACUAGUUCUCAUCUUGUUUCAUAUAAACCUGUUUUUGGCUUCCGCCACAUUUAGCAUAAUCCCUUCAGUGAACUCCAGAGAGUCUGACUUACUUCGCUCAGGACCAGUGGAACGGAACCGUUUUCAAGUUGGGGAUACUCAUUUUUGUGUGGUUUGUCAAGUACGAACGGUAGAAUUCAGUGCCCCAUCGUUAUCUAACCUGAUAAUUCAUGUUCUCGGGUUUUUUUUUCCCAGUCAGCAUCGUAAUGUAUCAACGUCGGGUCAGGAAAACUUCUUGUGGGAUGAACUACAAUGCAGCUUCUAGAGGACAAACA